CCCUUCAGUGCACUCCUUUAACCACUUCUGCUUCUGUGCUGGAACCGCACCCAAGCCACAGGAAGCACAGGAACUUCUCAUAUGCAUAUCAUAAGCACUGGGGCAGGCACCUUUUAUAUCAAACGGGCUUUAUAAAACAAUUGCUGACUUAUUGAUAACAUCCCCAUAAAUACUUUCUGUUCAGGUAUCCAGUACAAGGUAUGAGUUUAACUGCCUUGAAAUACCCUCAGAAACUUCACAAGCCUGCUGAAAAAAGGCAGGGGUUUCCCUUCUCCCUCCAGCACACCAUUUCCUGAAAACAGAAGACAAAUUGAGCUGAGUAACUUGGACCAGAACCGGCAGCAGGAGGUUGGGUUGGGCAGGAACAGUGCUUGUCUGUCUAGGUAGCAUCCCUGCCAGUGCUCCCACUAAAAUUAGAACGCAGGCGACAGCACCUUGGCUCCUGUCACUUGCUGGAGACAAAUCUUUAGCUAUUUCAGCAGCCAAGGGGUGGCAUUUUGGUCUCUGCCUGCCAGUCCCAAACAGCAGUGCCACCUUAGUAGCUGAGCUCCCUGGCAGCAGCAGCUCCCAUCCUGUAGCAACUCCAACAAAAGCUCAGUACUCAUCCACCUUAGCACCAAAAGGUGACCUCGAUCCCAACAACAGAAAUAGGAGAAACCAAAGCAAAGGGCACAUCUGCUAGAAACGGGGAGUAAGUUCAGAAGGCAGAACAACAAUGUUGACUUGUCAUAGACUGAACCUCUAGUUUGACUAUGUCAAACAGUAAUAUCAGUACAGAAGCAGACACUUUAUAAUUAAUAAAGAAUACACAGAUAUCAUACAAUCAAUCAGAAUCAAUCAAAGAACGGUUUGGUUGGAAAGAUCUUUAAAGACCAUCUAGUUCCAACCACUCUGCUCCCCUUGAGAGAUAUGGGAAAAGUAAUCACCAGCAAAAAAUUCUCAUACUAGGAAAAAAGAUAUUCCCAAAAUGACAGUAGAAGAGAUUCCAAAAUACAACUACAAGGGUGAUACUUAUAGAAGAGGAAAUGAGGGAAGGACUGACCAAGCAUUCCCAAAGCAAGAAGACAAAAACUCAGCAAAUGAGGAACAAUGUUUCUGCAUAAUGUGCUAGUAAACAAUUUACAGUUUGCUGAUGCAGAAUCAGAGGAAACAUAACCUCAAGAUCAAUUAGAGGUAAUUUAAGCAAGGAAACAUUAAGACCUCUGCAUCAGUAUCAAAAAAAUAAUCCUGUAAAAGGAGAGCAGGAAGAAAAGCUACAGCAAAUUAAGGAAAGAAAAGGAGACAAUAUCUGAAACACAUGUUAAUAUGAAACUGAGGGUCUUACAGGCACUUUUAAAAAGAAAAAAAAAAAAGCAUACAAAAGAACAGGAGAAGAGAGGAAAGACGAAGAAGUGGUAUUUUGGACACAACAAAGGGAAGUACAGUGAGUGACACAUGACAGAGCUCAGUCUUUGGAGCCUCCGGGAAACAGCUGUAUCCAGAAGACAAAAGGGGAGGUGCCGCUGGAGGGAGUGCUGUGGUGGCACAAGGACUACGGUGACAUCACUGAGCAACAGGCUGUGAUGCCACUGAGUUUUGGGCGCUGGCAGGGCCUGGCCCGGUCACUCUCGUGCCUGGACUCCUGCCGAGCGAGUGUGUGCGGCUUGGAGGUGGAGCGAGGAUUUUGCUUGUGUGUUGGGCUGUGCUUUGGGGACUGCUGGCAGCUGCCCUCAGUGCCCAUCCCUACAGCCAUCACUUGUGUUCCCCUGGCCUGCCUGGCUCAGGCAGCAGGGGCCUCCACGAGGUGCACGUGCAGCAGCACAGUGCUCAUCUUCCACUGCUGAGGCACUAGUGAGGGAGAGCGACUCAUCUUCACUCCCCAUCAGGCCUCAGCGUGAAGACCAUGGCAGCAGAGGAGGCGUGGACGUGUCCCAUCUGCCGUGAGGUGCGAAAGGACAUUGCAUACGCAGUACCGUGCCGUCACGAGUUCUGCCUCGGCUGCAUCCUGCGGUGGGCCAAGCAGAAGGAGACCUGCCCGCUCUGCAGGAGAAUAAUGACAAUCGUUAAGGUUGCUGAGUGGGACGAGGACAAUGAAUUGGAUUUCAUCAUCUGUCCCCCAGCACCACCAGUUCCUGCCUGCUUCCAGGCAGGCACUGCUCAUAUGUACAGCCCCCAGAGCCAUGCACCGUCUCCUCCACCCUUUCUGCUCCUCCCAGAGGAGCAGGAUGAUGUGGAGGAAGAGGAGAGGCCAAUAGUGGGUGGUCUCCUGAUGGAGGUCUGGGCAGCCCUGUUCAGGCAGCACCAAGAGAUGCUUGACCCUGUGCUGCCGUGGCUGCGCCAGGAGUUACAAAACAUCUUUGGGACACAGUGGCGGGAGGCAAUGGCAACAGAGAGCCUCAUCUUGAAUGCCCUGUGUCACAUCGGGCUGGACAGCGAGGCCCUAAUCCACCUGCUGCGGCCUGCCCUGGGGGACAGAGCGGUGACGCUCAUCCAGGGCCUUGUGAACGCCAUUGUGAGCCAGUGGGGCGAGGAGGCCCACGGGCAGCGGGGCCUCCAGGGCGUCCACAUGUCCAGAGGGCAGCAGGAGGGCCCUGCAGCCAGGGGGCAGGAGGACAGCAUGGUGGCUGCCCCUGGCCCCGCAGCCUCCCCACCAGGGACCGAAACAUCAAGGCCUGGACUCAAUGGCAGCACUGAAAAUCUCAUCAGAGAGGAGCAGCCCAGCAUACCAGAGGCUGUCCUGGAUCUCAGUCACACCCCAGCUGCACACAUCCCCAGGGAACAGGAGGAGCCCCAUGAGGAGAUGGAGCAGGCGGCAGCAUCAGGCCCCUCUGCCCAGGGCAGCAGCCCCUCCGCUCCUGCCCACUCGCCUGCGGGGGCCCAGCGGCCCCGUAAGAGGAGGGCUGGCACUGACCUGGAUCCACAGCAGCCCUGCAAGAAGCCACCCCCUCGUAAGCAGUAG